CCCUUGAAACUAUAUACAAAAUGUAAACAUUCCUUGUGAAGCCUAAAAGUGAGUUUUCAGACUUCAGAGCAUUAUUACUUGUGAAAUAAAUUAAAUCCAUAUUUUGGACAACUUGAGACAUGAAAUUGACAAAGGAUUAAGUCCUUUUUGGCCGUUAACUUUGCUCCUAAAAUGUCUUCUUCGACCACCUCUUCAUUUUACGAGAGUGUGGCUCCAGCUAUGUGGCCUUGGGAGGGCGUGCCUCAUGACACGACCACGCCCCUGGAACCGGGAGUGGAGGCCGUUCGAGUGGGUGUUGCCGAUGAUAUGAUCCUGCUCUUGAGUCACGCUCACAUGAAGACCUUCAUUUUGCCGGCCUUAGUCAGAGAAGUGGGAUUGGGAAGAAUGGGCGUGGCUGUGUUUGUAGUCAGGAGAGAAUCUCAAAUGAGCUUGUGGGCGGAGUACCUUCGUCGGGUCAGUUACUCGACCAUUGCCGAGAUUGACGUGGACGAACCCAAACCGGGGCAAAAAUGGAAGGAGGGGGUGCUCUUAGCCACACCCGAAGCCUUGAAAUUGGCCUUGACCAAGGAUCAAAUAGGUUUAUGGGCCUUGUUAGUGAUUGACAAUGCUCAUCUACUAGUGGACAAUGAAGAUAUUCGACUCAUCACAGCCAACGCCCAGACUUCACAUCAUCAACCUCGAAUUGUCAGUUUGUGUGGGAAUCCUUUGGAAGCCCAAGGGUCUUUGACCCAUUAUCAGACUGAAAUUCAAGCCCUCCAGCGGGUCUAUCCGGGUCGUGUAGAAGCAGUGAGUGAGCAGCUCUCAUUAUUACGUUCAAUCAUCCGACCCAAACUCGGCUUGGUGGAAUAUGAUACGCCCAAGGACACGCCGGAAGUCAUGGAGAAUCUCGAAAAAACGAUCUUAGCCCGAACUGACGACCUUUUGGCUUUUCUGGGACAUCAUCGCCACUCCCUGAUCGAAAUCUAUGGAGAAGAGUUUGCCGAUCUCAUUGAGGAGAUGCCUGAUCCAACCCUGAUUCCAAUUCAACUUGUUCUUGAUUACCAAGCGGUGGUCAAAGAACUGGGUUUAUGGGCAGCUGAGAGGGCAGCCAUUAUCAUGGCCAUCAAGGUGGAUAAGCUCAAGACCAUGGAAAAAUAUGAACGGCAAUAUCUUCUCCUUAGCAUAGUCUACAGUGAGAUGCUUCAGUUACGACAGAUUUGUGGUCUAGCAUUGGCGGGAAUGGAGGAGGACGAGAAACUGCAGCGAUGCAUCAAACCCAAAGUGCUAAGGUUGGUGGAAAUCUUACUCCAAUACCAGCCUAACCAAGAUGAUCCUCCACGCGUCAUGGGCAAAGGUGCCAAAGGAAACGAUCCCCGGCUUCUACACGGAAUGGUGUUUUUCAAGAGUCACUUUCAAACCAAGGUGGUCUACCACUAUUUAAAAGCUCUGGCCAGAUCCGAAGAAAAAUAUGCAUUCAUUCUGCCUCAGUAUGUGCUAGGAGACGGGUCUGAAGAAUGUAUGAUGGAAGUCACGCCCUUAGAGCAAGUGAAGAAACGCGAAGAAGAUGCUCUCAAGAAGUUUAGGUUGAAAGAAGCCAACCUUUUACUCUCGAGUGAUUCAUUGGAACUGGGCGUUGAUAAAGUGAGAUGUAACUUGGUGGUCUUGUUCGACUCGCUGCCUGAGAAACUCAAAGAUUAUAUUCAUUGUAAAAUCAAGGCCAAAUAUCCCGAGUCCUUGUUUUUAAUCUUGUCCUCUUGUCACGAAUCCGAGCAAUCGCUCAAAAAAUUGGAUUUGUACGAAACCACUGAAAAAGAUCUCACAUCUCGCUCUUUGUUCUAUCAAGUUGAGGCAGCAUCCAUUGGCUCAUUUGGAUCCCAAAACGACAGUUUGAAAACUUCUGCCACUGAGCUCAAAUUGCAAAAGGCCCUAUGGUGCUUGAACCGCUUUUGCGCAAAGUUACCCAGUGACACAUUCACAAGACUCACUCCAAUCAGUUACACCACCUCACAAGACGAUAUGUUUCUCACAGGACUCCUUCUGCCGAUAAACAGUCCCAUUCGAGAGCCAGUCUAUGGCACACUGAUGCCCAAUCCAAAUCUAGCUUUGAAUUCUGCAGCCUUGAAGGCGUGCCAAAUGCUAUAUAAGUCUCAAGAGCUGGACGAGAAUCUCUUCCCCACAGGAAAGGAUGUUCUUCUGAAGCAAUACCAAAACCUGCAGAGUUUGGCUCCCCAACCGGGCAAUCGUCCGGGGCCUCAAAAGCAACGCCACUACUAUUACAAGACCACCUCACCAUCUUUGACUUUGACAAGUGCCUCCGAAACUAGCCAUUUGUACUCGCUAGAUCUCGUUCUCCAAUGUCCCAUUCCAGAAGAUCAGAACACUCGAGGCAGGAAACUGUUCUCUCCUGAGCGAGCCAUGCAAAGCUUUGGCUUCUUCAGCAGCAAGAUCCUUCCUCCAACCUGUCCAUUUCCAAUCUACACUAGAUCUGGAGAGGUCAUUGUCACUCUCUCUUUGGUGGAGAAGGACUUCAAAAUUGAUGAGAAUCAAAGAGAUCUUUUGGAUACGUUUCAUCAUUUUACGUUUUCGAAAGUGCUCCGAUUGGAAAAGUAUCCGAUGGCCUUUGAUUUGGAAAGAGCAGAGUCCAAUAUUCUCAUCGUUCCGCUCAAAAAGCAAACCUCAGAGGGGAUGGUUACCAAAAAUGUGGAUUGGAAGUUUCUUGACGUCAUCAAAGAGUUCUGUUCCACCAAGGCUGAGCCUCAAAAGUACGACACCGAGAAGGGGGAAAAGUUCGAGUUUGGUGCCAACGACUUCACUGAUGCUGUUGUCAUGCCUUGGUAUCGCAAUCAAGAUCAACCGCAAUACUUCUACGUGGCCGAAAUAUGUUCGCAUUUAAGCCCUCAGUCUGACUUUCCUGGACAGGGUUUUGAGACCUUUGAAAAGUACUACAAAAGCAAGUAUCACAUUGCCAUUAGCAAUCCCGAUCAGCCGCUUUUAGAUGUGGAUCACACCUCAGCUAGACUGAACUUUCUGACUCCCAGAUACGUGAAUCGCAAAGGUAUUGCCUUACCGACGAGCAGCGAAGAAACGAAACGAAACAAGAGGGAUAAUUUGGAACAAAAACAGAUUCUUGUUCCAGAGCUUUGUUCCAUUCAUCCAUUCCGAGCAUCCUUGUGGAGACAGAUGGUUGCCUUGCCCUGCAUUUUUUACCGUUUGAACUCGCUUCUCAAUGCCGAUUCUCUAAGAGCAAAAAUCUGCGUGGACACCAAACUUGGCAAGGCUGAAUUGGAACCAAAGUUCCGAUGGGAGCCUUUGGACUUUGGAUGGACAUUGGCAGAUGUGAUGAAGAGUGGACCCCUUGAUCAAACGAUAUUCACCAAUAUUAAGGUCAAAAAAAUUAAGGAGAGGGUUAGAAAAUCCUCAAUCAAUAACGAAAACAGAGCCGACAUAACCGAAAUAUUUGACGACGAUGAGGAGGGCGAGGACGGCCCUGGGGAUAAUCUGGGCAAGCUCAAUGAUGUUUUACUUUCCAAAUUAAUCGAAGAGGAUCAAAAACUAAAACAAAAGUCGCUCGAGAUUGGAACAUGGUCCAACGAAAUGGCAGCCAAGAAUCUGAGAGAAGAGAUGGCUCAAAAGGGCCAGCAGUCCAAAACCAAGAGCAAAGGACAGGUUCAAAGUGAUGAUGAAGACAGCUUAAGUGACAUCUUCGACCCAACCGAAGCUCUUCCAGACAAUCUGACUUUCUUAAGCAAUGACAUUUUUCCGAGUUUCACAUCCACUGGUGGCAAAGAUUGGGGGACGGGGAUCGAGCAACGGCAUUUUCGCGUGGGCUCGCCGACAUUCUUCUCAAACCCCAACAUCAACAUCCCGGGCCUAAUGGAUGAUUCGGAUGGGCUUUCUUGCUCUGACACGGAUGAUGAAGACUUUGGGGAGAAUAAAAACUAUGUCACCGAAGAAGAUGGGAAUGUCAAAAUCGAGUUCCGUGGAAACAAUUUGGCUGAAGCCAUUGAGGAUGCAGCUGAAGAAAAGAAACGAAGGGACAUUCUGGACAAGUUCAGAUUGGAAGAGAAAGAAUUAGUGUCCUUGGAACCAUGGAUAUGGAACGAAGAAGCUGAGCCGUGUACCCGAGUCUCAAGUCAGACCGUGGAGCUCACCAAAGUGGAUAUGUCCAUUAAUUUGGGAUUAGAUAAGGCGGACAAAGAGGAAGAAGACUCUCUCGUAAGUACAGAGAACGUUACUCCAGCCGAAAAUCCUGCAGUGCUCAUCAGGCUCUCGAAAGCGAUCGAAACAAAACUCCUGCAAACCAAGGUGCCCAGUGUUGUAGAGGAACCUUUAGUGAUCUUGAAACCUGGACUGAUUCCAUGGGAGAGUGAUAGACCCCUUGGUUUCAGCUUUGACAAUCAACCAAGCCUAGACACGCAUCCUGGUCCACCCCCAAGUCUGAUAUUGCAAGCCUUGACCAUGUCCAAUGCCAAUGAUGCCAUCAAUCUGGAACGGCUGGAAACCAUCGGAGAUUCUUUCUUGAAGUACGCCGUGACCUCAGCUCUUUAUUUGGCUUACCCUGACACACCUGAGGGCCGAUUGAGCCAUUUGAGGUCCAAACAAGUGAGCAACUUCUACUUAUACAGACUUGGUCGUGAUAAAGGCUUAGGUGAGUGCAUGAUUGCCACCAAAUUCGAGCCUCAUGAUAAUUGGCUGCCCCCGGGAUACUACGUACCCAAGGACUUGGAGAAAGCACUUAUCGAGUCGGGUAUACCAAGCAGCCAGUGGAAUAGUGCCAAUCUCCCAGAUGUGUCCAAGCUCAAAUCUGAUGCAGACAUCUAUGCCAUUAUCAAAGAACGAACUCGAGAUCUGGUGGAAAAUAGCAACGAGGGUGACCCUCCAGAAACGAAGCCCUCAAGCAAACCCGAAGACUUGAGAUCGUUUGUUCCUUACAACCUCCUCACGCAACAGAGCAUUCCAGACAAGAGUAUUGCGGAUUGCGUUGAAGCUUUAAUAGGAGCUUAUCUAAUAUCUGGUGGCAAAAAAGGAGCAUUGAACUUCAUGUCUUGGCUUGGCAUGGACAUCAAAAUCAAUGAAAACGUUGGUCAACUUCUUUCUUACCGAUCAAACCUUCCUGAGGCUGAACGCCAUUUGGAUCACUUCCUCCGAGGGUUCGAUCAAUUUGAGAAGAAUGUUGGUUACGUAUUCAGAGACAAAGGUUACCUCCUUCAGGCCUUCACUCACACGUCUUACUACCCAAACCGAUUCACGGACUGCUAUCAACGUCUUGAGUUCCUGGGAGAUGCCGUUCUCGAUUAUUUGAUUACCCGACAUCUUUAUGAAGACCCUCAGAAGCAUUCACCAGGGGCAUUAACAGAUCUUCGCUCAGCUUUGGUCAACAAUACCAUUUUUGCCACCUUGGCUGUGAAACACAAUUUCCAUAAGUUCCUAUUGCAUCUCUCACCGGGACUUCAGACCAUCUGCCAUCGAUUUGUCAAAAUUCAAGAGGAAAAUGAGUUUCAAAUCGCAGAUGACUUUUACCUCGGAGGUGAUGGUUUAUCUGCAGGAUCCGGUUUCUGGCGAGAAGACGGAUCCUUGGGUGAGGUUGAAGACGUAGAAGUACCCAAAGCUCUCGGUGAUGUUUUCGAGUCCAUUGCUGGAGCCAUCUAUUUAGACAGUGGAUUUAGCCUCGACACGGUGUGGAAAGUGUAUUUUCGCAUGAUGGGCGACGAAAUCAAGCGAUUCAGUACACACAUCCCGAAAUCGCCAAUUCGAGAACUACUCGAACUUGAACCAGAAACCGCAAAAUUCGGAAAACCGGAGAAGUUAUCCGAUGGUCGUCGAGUGCGCGUCACCGUGGAUGUUUUUGGAAAGGGCGUUUUCAAGGGCAUUGGACGAAAUUAUAGAAUUGCCAAAUGCACGGCCGCUAAAUGUGCUUUACGGGCACUGAAGAAAACUGGCAAGAAUGUGUGACUGCAUGAUUCUUGUGUUAGCUUACACUCGUUUGAGAAUGAAAUCCUUAUAUUUUUACGAUUAUUUGUCUCAUUAUUUAUCAUGAAAUACAAUCCUUACCUUAA